UGGUAAGUGUGGCGUCGCGUGUAGCAGUGUGUACGUUGAGUGAGCUUUCGGCUUCUCAAGUCAGUGUGUGAUCUUUUACUGCCAUAAGCCGUGUCGGAGAUAGUAUUUAAGCCAUUUAUAACGUGUCGUGGUUAAAAUAUUCCUGGACAGUAGUUGUCAGGCUUGCGGAACGGUUACGACAGUGACCUUCCUGCUACCAUGUGUGACGUUCCGGAUUGCGACGUCGAGAAGGAGCUGCAGCCGAGUGGCGGCGUGGCGGAAGGCGUCAGCAUCAGCAGCGCUGCCUCGCCGCACGACGAUCGCGAGGGGCAGCAUAUGGAGCUGGUUGGCGGGCGCGUGACCCCGCUGGACGCGAGGAAGCACUGGAACUCGUCGAAGAGUCAAAGGCACGAAGCCGUACCCAACCGCGUUAUCUAUGCGACUCGCUUCAAGGUGCAUCGGCCGCAGUGGCAUUGGCACGGUCGCUGCUCGCGAUGCCGGCCAGCGACCGAGACCUCCGCUGCUCGUGCUGUGGAGGCUGUCGUGCGGCCGUCGUCGUGCAGCGACGAGUGUGAGCUCCUGUUCUGCUGCUGCUGCUGCUGCUGCUGCUGCUCUCACCUCGAGAAACUCGAAGAAGAGAGGAGCAACCCAGAGACGCACGAGACUACGCACGUCUGGCACUUGUCGGGAAUGUGCAGCCUCUGCUACCGGUUGUUCGCCUCUGCGGAAUCGCUGGCCAAGCACAUGGCCCUAGUGCACUGCCGGACUGCCACUGAGGGGCGGCGCAGCGCGAAGUCACUGAUGGCGGCCUCCAGGAUGAGGAUUUAG